AUGAAGAACAAGUCCGAGAACCACGAAGUCCUCUCCCGCCAAUAUCUCGCCAAAGUUGCCAGAAUCCACCCCCGAAACGGCAUCGAGACGUACUGGCAGGCGACCACCAUCCCUCACCCCCCUACCCGCGAAUCAGCCUCCGAUGCCUAA